UAAUCUAAGUGAAUUAAAUAACCACAGUAAAAUGUAGAAAAACCUCAAAAACCACAGACUUGAAGUGACUAAAUCUGACCCUGGAGGGGAUGCUUUUAAUGCUACUACAGUGAGCUAAGACUUAUAAUACGUAUUUUGGUUACACUGGAGACUGCGAACAUAACAUGGAUUAAGCCAUGGAGUCAUUACGACAACAAAAUACAGGUCCACAGUUGCAUUGAAGAAAUGUAAUCCAUCUUCUUCGAUCCUCAAAAAACAACAUUUUCCGAUCAACUAUUCAAGCUAGGCACCAAUCAUGGCUAACAACUUGUCUUCUAUCAUUGGAAUGAUGAACAUGACAGACCCAGGGUAUGCCAUAGCAUCAACUAUCAACAGCACGGCAGAUAACCUGACCACUACCCUACCCCCUUCGGCUUCUGUGACCCAGGUUUACCAAGUGGUGGGACAAAUAACUUACACCUACUUAGGACCUAUUAUAUGUGCCAUGGGAAUGCUGUUCAACAUCAUAAACUUUGCUGUGCUCAUGCAGCAUCAGCUGAAAGAGUCUCCCUACACGUACCUCACGGGAUUAGCAAUGGUCGACUUCUCGGCUCUGACUCUCUCCUUUAUCUACAUGGUCUUCUCCCACAAGACAAUUGGGAAAUACUGGAAAUAUUAUGACGCUUACAUUUUCCUCCCAAUUGUCAAUGUCUGUGUCACCUCUAGCGUGUGGAUAAUUGUCUUGUUGACAAUAGAACGAUUCUUAUUCGUAAGGCACCCACUUUGGGCCAAAGCUAAAUGCGACCGAGCUAGUGCUAAAGUCAAGAUCCUGGGAAUAGUUGGGUUGGCAGUGGUAUUCAACAUCCCAAGAUUCCUACUGUUUAAAGUCCAUGAGCCCCGUCCAGGAAUCUGGGCUUUGGAGCAUACAGAAUUCCGCAGGAGCGACGACUUCUUUGGGAUCAACUGGGUGUACAGCAUCACUGUACAAAUUCUGCCCCUUAUCAUCCUACUUUUUGCUAACACUUACCUAGUGUAUGCUGUAAUGAGGGCUCGUAAGCAACGCGAACAGCUACAGAUCCGCAACAACAAAGAAGCAACCUGGUAUCGAGACCAGGUCCGUCUAACCAUUACUCUGAUCAGCAUUGUUUGUUUGUUCAUAGUCUGCAUAUUACCUUCUGCAUUCUCGGACUUCCCCAUUGCAUACUUUUUCUUUGGCAGAGGCAUCCCAGUAAAAGAGUUCCGUACAUCCAAUUUUUACCUCAUUCUGCAGUACAUAGCUAACGUCUUAGUGUGGUGCAACCUCUCCCUCAACUUUGUGCUGUACUGUGCAUUCAAUGAAAAGUUCCGCCGUGUGAUGCGUCACAUGAUCAAAAGGUGGCUGAAGUUGAGCUGCAUCAAGCAGUCCUACAGGCCGUUCAAAGUCAGCUUCAACAUCAAUGGAAUUACAAGAAAUAACAGUAGUCAGACCAAUAGCCUGACACAACAAACCAAGUGCUCAAUGAGCAUGGGCGGCCAAGAGAUUCUCAAGAUGGAUAAGGUAGAUCACUCCAUUAGUCAAACCACAGCUUUAUUUGACAAAAGUGAAGCUGAGAACUGAAUAUCUUUGUGUUCUGUAUUUGCGCACUAAGGACUCUCCUGUCAGGACAAGAGCGACAAGAUUCAAAUCUUAACACUAUAUGUACAAUAAUCAAAAUUUUUUUUUGCUUUGCAUUGAAUUGACCUCAGUUCAAUAUAAAAAUGAAAUUUAUGCUUAUGGUCUAUUGUUCACUUUCAAUGUUUUUGAUGAUGUCUAUUUCAUGUCUUUUAUUCAGGGACUUUGCUAAUACAUGUAUGUCAUAAAAAUAGUUUUCAGAUAAACUGAGUUAUUCCCCUUUGCUUCCAUGCUGGCAGUCAACAACAGGUUUUUUCCCAAACCAAAAUCUAAACAUCUGGGUCAAAAAUAUCUUGAAAAAAAUUCUAAGAAUAUCAAAUUAAUUUUAUAAAAGGCUUUAACUUACAAACACUAUAUCCUGAAGAAAAAACACCAACUGUUUUAAACACUUUAGAAUAAGAAUGUUGACCUUUAAAUGUAUAACACCUCCCCUCCCCCCCCCCCCCCCGAAAUAAAUAGUACUAAAUCUACAUCUUUUGGUAGCUAUAUAUUGAGAAAUCAAAAACAAGUGGCUCGAUCAACCUAAAGGCCUUACUUUAUUACAUGUAAAUGUUAAAAUAACGAUAAUAAUGAUCAUAUAUGUCUUUAUUAGAAUCAAAACCUAACUUGACAAUAACUAGGGCAAAUUACUUUAUAUUUUUAUUCAUAGAGUAGAUGGCAUCCACUGUAGUAUAGUUUAUAUGUAUAUAAAAAUUAUGUUAUAUUGUCUUCUAUAUAAUGUUGAUAACUCAAUGUUUAUAUGUUGAUACUUGAUGUUGUUUUUUUAUCAACGUUAUUCACGAUGAAUGAGACAAAUGUAUUUAUAUUACCCAAAGCCCAUAGAUGCUGAAAGAAUUAGUCCACCUUUAAAAGAAAAUAAAAAACCCUCUCCCCUCUAUUAUGCUUGCAUUACACUUCCUGACCAUCAAAGACUUUCUAUGAUGAAGAAAGAAAGACCAAGUCUACUGCUAUGAAGGAUUUUCAGAUACACUUAUAACGUAAAUGCCAUCAUAAUAUUUUCAUCCCCUGUUUUCAGAAAAAUUGAACUAUUUGUAUCUAAAUGACAUAAUAGUCUAUUUUGUAAUACGUACAUCAUGUGCUCUAAUUGUUAUUUGUUGUCAGAUCAUACUAUGUACAUAUAUCCCGGUAUGUCAAAAUGAAAAAUAAAAAUAUCCUUGUUACCAAA